CCCAAAGGCCAAAACAACAAAUUACCAUUUUAUAACUUAAAUCAAAUCCAAGCAUUUAUUACAAAAAAAAAAUGAAUUUAUUCAAUUAAUUGUUUAUUUUAUUUCAUUUACAAAACAAAAUCUCUUUCAACCAUGAUGGAAUCAAUUUGCUGUUUUCCAUUAUAAAAUUUACUGCAAACUUCAACGUUCCUCUCCUCUCUACCCUUAUGGAUUCCGAUUUUUGGACCGCUCGUCUCGCCGCCGCGAAGCGGCAAUUCACGAUGCAACACCACCAUCACCACCACCACCAGAGCUCCCAUCUGGAUCGGUUGAACGUUGAUGAUUUCGAGGUCGAAGAAGAAAUCCGACCCGAUUUUCCAUGCCCUUAUUGUUAUGAGGAUUUUGACAUCGGGUCCUUGUGUUCCCAUCUCGAAGAUGAACACUCUUUUGAAUCUAGAGCCACUAUUUGUCCAGUUUGCUCUGCUAAAGUGACAAGAGAUAUGUUAAGCCAUAUCACUCUGCAACAUGGACACUUGUUCAAAUUGCAGCGACGCCGUAGAUUACGCAGAGUGGCGGUUCCAAACAGUCAAGCACUUUCCCUUUUGGGGCGGGACCUACGGGAGGCUCAUCUGCAAGUGCUUCUCGGAAGCGGCGGCGGUGGUGGUGGUGGCGGUUUCCGGUCAAACAUCACCACCUCAUCGGCGGCAAGUGUGGCGGCUUCUGAUCCGUUUCUUUCUUCUUUGGUUCUAAACUUUCCGGCAUCUGAAGCUGAAGAGAUAUCCAAAUCGAUCGCGUCAAAUGUGGAAGAAAGUCCCAUGAAGUGUCAAACUCCACAACAUAUAUGGAAAUCAAGUUUUGAUUCUUCAUUAAGUUCUGAAGAACGGGAAAAGAGAAUGAAACGAGCUGCUGGACAAGCCGUUUUUCUACAAGAUCUGCUAAUAUCAACGCUUUUAUCGGACUAAAGUGGGACCCGAGAGGAAGAGCUGAAUAAGUUUUUAUUUGCAAAUAUAAUGUUAAAAUUAUUUGCUUUUAAAAAAAAGGUCACAAAAUCACAAUAGAACAGGUCAUUGGUAAACCGAUUGAGCAAAAAUCUUUGUUGUAUAAGUUUCGAUCUGUUGUUCUUCGGCUCUUGCCCUCUUGAUUGACCCGUGUUGUAUGAGCAAAUAUGAUGUUUUUUCUUUCUUUUCUUUUUUCUUUCAUGUUAACAAAAUCGGUGAUGUUUAUUUCUGAUUGUUUUGUUUAUGGUACAAAUUUCCUGUUUUGUGAAA